CUCAUUUGACAGAUAAUGCAAUUGAGUUAUGGGGAUCUAUCAUCCACCCUGCCACAAGUUCAAUCUAAACAAUUUGGUGCUCCAAAUGAGCAUAACACACUUCUUCCACCUGGGAAACCUGAUAAAUUUCGGCCAUAUUUCAUUGGAGAUUUUCCUGUUGGGCCAUCAAAUAGACCUGGGACUUCUUCAAACUUACAUUCAGAGCAUCCAUUUAUGCUCAAUUCUUUCGCAAACAGUAGUUUGAGCACUCAUACUGUGAAUUGCUCAAGCAGCUGCGAGUUUCAGCAAAAGGAGGAUGAACAGGGGGCAAAUAAGUAUUCUAAAUUGCCAAGUUUUUUGGAUAGAAGAACACUUAAUUUUUUGUGGGAUGCGCUCAUAACCACAUGCAUGCAUGGUAGUGAAUCCACUAGCACCCGGUGUUCCAAACCUGAUCUGCCCCCAACUGUUUUGACAAUAGCUCAUUCUGUACGCUUGCUUUAUGACGAAGAGAAACUGACAAUUCCACCAUUUACUGAAGAAAGCGAAAUGUAG